AUGAUUAUGAACACUCCAUAUCCUUUUGGCGAUGGCCUGAACAAUUCACCUCUCGCGGCCGAUGGUUCUGAUUUCCCCUGCAAGCAACGCGGAGAUAAAACGUACUUUAUGGAAACUGGAGACCCCCUGGGAAAAAACAGGUUUCCAGUCGGUUCUAACCAAACUUUGAGCUUCACUGGGAGUGCUGUUCAUGGUGGAGGCUCCUGUCAAAUCAGCUUGACCACUGACUUAACCCCCUCGAAAGCCUCACAGUGGUUCGUUAUCCACUCAAUCGAAGGAGGCUGUCCAGCAAUGCCAGCGACAAUUGAUCAAAAUUUGCCUGCGAAUCCUUCUGGUAAUGGUGCUUCCACGUUCGAAUUCACAAUUCCAGACAUCGCUGUGGGGCGAUACACUCUUGCUUGGACAUGGUUCAAUCGUAUUGGCAAUCGUGAGAUGUACAUGAAUUGUGCUCCUAUCGAGGUCACCCAUCUAAGCACUAAGCGCAGCGAUAUCGCUUACAAGCGUGCUAAUGAGUAUCCUGAAAUGUUUGUCGCCAAUAUCGGUGGCUGUACAACCAAAGAAAAUUUCGAUAUUCGCUUCCCAAACCCCGGCGACUCCGUCCAGUAUGCUGGAAAUCCUUCUAAUCUUCUACCGUCCGACUCGCCUGCUUGCGUUGGCGGUGCAGGUAUUACAGCUACUGGCCUAAUUCCUGCACCGUCGCCCACUGCUACUGGCGCUGUUACUGGCGGCACUUCCUCGGGUGGCACAUCAAAUCCUCCAUCUGGCGGGUCCUCCGGUGAUACACCGAAAGUUGCACCGACGACUGACUCGCCAGGAAUGUUCCUAGAACACACGGCAACUACGAUCGCAGUUGUGCCUACUUCACCACCUACAAGCGGCGGCCCAUCCCCCGAAUCUUCCACCACUUCGUCUACCAAUGAAGGGCUUACUGGAGCUUGUACUAACGAAGGCGAAUGGAACUGUAUAGGUGGUCACUCGUUCCAACGCUGUGCUAGCGGCACCUGGUCUGCUAUUCAGUCUGUCGCAGCCGGCACUUCUUGCACGCCGGGACAAUCAGCAGUAAUAAAUAUUGUUGCCACCAAGCGAGGACAUGUUGAAAUGCAUCGGAGACGAUUUGCCGCCAACAACCAUGUGCACAUCUAA